AUGGAUGUUAAUUUUAAUGAAGGACUUAAUGUUCUUUCUUCAUACUUGCAAGAACGAAAUAAUAAAUUAUAUCGUAAUUUUUUACUUCAAAAUCGGGACACCGUCGUUACUUCGUCGCUGUUAUUCUCGAAAAACUGGGAGGUUCUCGACAACACAUGCGCAACAAACUUUCUGAGAGAGGCGGGAAAGCUGAAGCUGGAUUUACGCGAAAAGGUCAGGUCUCGGGAUGCUAAAGAUUUAGAAAGUUAUUGGGAAGGAGUGCUCCAAGAAUGUAACUUA